AUGUCGAUCUUUGAGCUAAAGCUUACUAAAGCCUACUUUAUCGAUAAUCUCAACAAAGGUUUUAUCGAACCUUUAAUAGCGCUAUUUGCAGCUCCAGUCUUGUUUGCUAAAAAGCAAGACGGUUCUUUCCGCUUUUGUAUUGACUUCCGCGCGUUGAACAACCUCACUCGUAAAGAUCGAUACCCUUUCCUUUUGAUCGAUAAGACCUUCGCACGUCUCUUAAAAGCUAAAAUUCUUUAUCAUUUCUACCGAAGGCUUAAAAGUAGAUCCGGACAAGACGUCGAUAGUAGAGCAUUGGGCGCUCCUUACGACCGUCAAAGGCGUCUAAAGCUUCCUUGGAUUUUGCAACUUCUACCGCCGAUUCAUUCGAGACUACGGCGUGAUCGCGAAGCCUUUAUUCCGACUGGCUACCAGUCGCUUACUACUUUAAAACCAUGGCUCCCGCUAAGCUCAACUACGUCGUCCACGACAAAGAGAUGCUGGCUAUUAUACGCUCUUUUAACCGCCGUCACUAUCGAAGAGAUCGCGGAGCUCUUAUCGACAUUCCGAGUUAUUGACCAAGUCUUAAAAGCUAAUCGAACCGCUCUUAGUUUCACAGCACUUCGAAUUCAAGCUUCCAGAGCUGAGUCCUCACUCGUAAACUACGGUUCACGAGCUAAACUCAUUAUAGAAGGCGACCUGCUGCUCUAUAACGGCCGCCUAUUAGUUCUCGACGUCCAAAACUUGCGCUCGUUACUCGUCCGAGAAGUCUACGACUAA